CCCCCUCGGCCAGCCCUCCACCGCGCCAGCGCCGGGAGCCCGCCGUGCGCGUCGGGCGUUGUCAGUAGCGGUGGCCGCGGCUCCCCCAGCUGUGCCGGCAGCUGGAUCCGGGGAAGGGGCGCGCGCACAUGGCGACCCAGGCGCACUCGCUCAGCUACGGGGGCUGCAACUUCUUCCGCCAGCGCCUCGUUUUGUCCACCCUCAGCGGGCGCCCCGUGAAGAUCCGCAAGAUCCGGGCCAAAGAUGAGAACCCCGGCCUCCGAGAUUUUGAAGCCAGUUUCGUACGACUUUUAGAUAAAAUAACCAAUGGCUCUCGAAUUGAAAUUAAUCAAACGGGAACGACCUUAUACUAUCAGCCCGGGCUCUUGUACGGUGGGUCGGUGGAGCAUGACUGCAGCGCCCAUCGCAGUAUCGGCUAUUACCUGGAGAGUCUCCUUUGCCUGGCCCCCUUUAUGAAGCACCCAUUAAGAGUAGUUCUGCGAGGCAUAACCAAUGACCAGGUCGACCCAUCGGUAGAUGUUCUGAAGGCAACAGCCCUACCUUUAUUGAAACAGUUUGGAAUUGAUGGAGAAUCAUUUGAGCUUAAGAUCGUCCGAAGAGGAAUGCCCCCAGGAGGGGGAGGUGAAGUCUUUUUCUCUUGCCCCGUGAGGAAGCUGUUGAAACCCAUUCAGCUCACAGACCCUGGCAAAAUCAAACGUAUCCGAGGAAUGGCUUACUCUGUACGAGUAUCGCCCCAGAUUGCCAACCGCAUCGUGGAGUCCUGUAGGAACAUCCUUAACAAAUUCAUUCCUGAUAUCUAUAUUUACACAGACCAUAUGAAAGGGGUCAACUCUGGAAAAUCUCCGGGCUUUGGGCUCUCACUCGUGGCCGAGACCACCAAUGGUACCUUUCUGAGUGCUGAGUUGGCUUCCAACCCCCAGGGUCAGGGAGCGGCGGUGCUCCCAGAAGACCUUGGCAGGAACUGUGCAAAGCUGUUGCUUGAAGAGAUUUAUAGAGGAGGUUGUGUGGAUUCCACCAACCAAAGCUUAGUUCUGCUCCUCAUGACCCUUGGACAGCAGGAUGUUUCCAAAGUCCUGCUAGGACCGCUGUCUCCCUACACAAUAGAAUUUUUGCGUCAUUUGAAGAGUUUCUUCCAAAUUAUGUUCAAAAUUGAAACUAAGCCAUGUGGCGAAGAACUCAAGGGAGGAGAGAAAGUACUCAUGACAUGUGUGGGAGUUGGCUUCUCAAAUCUCAGCAAGACCAUCAAAUAAUAUCACUUUCACUUUAAAGUCAGACCAGACCCGAGCAGAUGAAGAGCGAAGACUCCUGAAAACCACCAUACUGUUCAUUUUGAUCUGGACAGCCACAUACAUGAAGGACUUAUUUUUUUUUACCUUUUUCUUUUUUACAAGACAUUAGAAAUAAAAGACAUUUAAAUAAUGUAGUUACCCACCAUUUCCCCUUCCUAAGUGUUAGCUCUAUGGCUAAGUUUGCUCAACAUAAGAGAUUCCCUCAGAAAAAUGAGAGUAUGUGAAGUUAGCCAAGUGGGUUGAGAGGCUGGCCAGUCCCAACUGCAUUCCCACCAUGGGCGCCUCAGCCUGGGGCUGUCUAGCCAGCCUGGCAUCUGGGUUACUAUUGUUUGGGGCAAAGGUGGUGAAUAAGCAUCUCUUUUUGCAAGACCCUCUUGGAACCCAACGCUAUAGACUUUCUUAGUGAUCUGCUGCUGCAUGGGCCGCCAUCUUGGUCCCAGAUUUGCUCUACUCCAUCUUGCCCUGCUGAAGCUGGUCUUGAGGCAGAGAUGGGAAGACCUUUGCUUCAGAGAACUCCACAGUUGGAAGGAAUCUAGUUAUUUAAUCAAGACCAUACAUACGUGAAUGAGGAUCACUUCUACCAAUCUACCCAACAAGAGGACUUUUAGCCUCUGUGUAAAGAUCCACAAUAAAGAGUCUCCCUCCUCCCUUCCCACCUCCCAGGGCAACCCAUUCCACGUUUGGGAUUCAGAAAGUUUUGGGGAGAUCUGGAGAUGUUUUAGAGGGGUUUUUUACAACUUAGGAAUGGUUUAGAUCACAGAACACUGAUGCUUUGGAAUCAAAGGACCUGGGUUCAGAUUUCGCCUUUAAUAAUUACUCCCUACAUGACCUUGGGCAAAGUCUUUGAACAAUGGCUUUGACCUUAGUGUCAUCAUCAAAAUAAGGGGGUUGAACUAGAUGGCCAUAAGGUCAGUUCUAGCUUUUGAACCAUGAACCUUUGACUUCUGAGGUCCUACCCUGAGAUUCUGUAUCUGGUGAGCCCAUUUUUCUACCUUGGUGAAGAGAGCCACGAAGGCCCACAUCCCAUCUUGUAGGAGUACCAUAGUUACAUAGAUAACAGUGCCUUGAACUUUUUUAUUGUCCUUAGGGCCCAGGUUUAUAGUUCUUUCAACCAAGAACUUGGUUUUCCUGCUAGGCAGGAUUAAAAGAAAGAGGUAGCAUCUGAUGAUAAAGUUUAGAAACACUUUUCCCAGGUAGCCAUCAUUAUCUUUAUACUCAGAGUCACAGAGACCACUCAAGGGCCUUAUUUCUGUUCAUUGGCCCGAAACCUAGGCGUGAUAGUAACUGUACCUGGCUAAGAAGAAGAGUGUACAAAUCUUUAUUUUUUUAAAAAUACUUCAUUGAUGCUUUCUCGGUUUGUUUGUU